AUGGUUGACGACGAGAGAAGCACACAUGACUCGGUCCAGCGCGAAGCAGCCCAGAGGGGUCUCCAGAAGACUGAUUCCAAUUCGUUUACAUGGAACACCGACCACAAAGACUUUCCACGUAAUUGGACACUUUGGCGCAAAACCUACGACGGGCUGCUCAUUUUCUUCCUGGAAUUUUUUACGACCGUCAUCAGCACGACGGGUCCAUCAGCCGCCGAGCCUGCUAUGAAAGAGUACGGAUUGAGCAGGGUGAUCGCUUUGACGGGUUUCCAAUUCAUGUAUGGCAUAGGACAAGCUCUUGGAGGGCUAGUCAUGCCGCCCUUCUCCGAAACGCUAGGUCGACGGAAGUCCUACUUGUUGUCAGCAGCUUUAUACAGCAUUUCGUCCCUGCUAGUCGGGGUCGUGCCUUCACCUGUAGGUGUCUUUGUUGGUCGGUUCUUUUCCGGAUUUGCGUCCUCUGUGCCAUCUAUCGUGCUCGCAGGUAGCAUUGAGGACCUAUACUCAAAUAGGAGCAGACUUUGGUUCCUCUGGCUAUGGAACUGCUCUACCACGUUUGGUAUGUGUCUGGGCCCGAUAUAUGGGUCGUACAUUGCUACCAGCGCCGGUUGGCGGUGGAUCUUUCAUACAUCAGCUAUCAUCUCCGCUGUUUUAUUUGUUCUCCUUUUUGCCAUCAAAGAGAGCCGACCGACCAAACUGCUUUCGGAACGAUUGGAUAGUCUGCAGUCAGAGUUCGGGGGUCUUGACUUGGAUCUCCCCAAUCCAGAUCGCCCUACCAGCUCGCACGAACUUUUGACUGUUAUACUCCUACGACCAGCCCGGUUAGGUAUGACGGAGCCUAUAAUCAUUCUUGUCGCGUCCAUUAGUGCGACGGUAUGGGGCAUGGUAUAUCUCUUCACGGAGAGCUUCACAGUCGUUUACAGCCAGUUUGGCUGGGCUGAAAAGUCCACUUCGCUGCCUUUUAUUGCUCUGUUACCCGGUGUUUUACUUGGCGUCUUCGUUCGCUUGUGGGACCAACAUCAAAUGAACGAUAGGCAAAGAAAUGGAGUUAGCCCUAAGCCCGAAGACAAGAUCAAUGGUUUUGCAAUUGCAGCUCCAGCACUAGCUGUCGGGCUCUGGGUUUUUGGCUGGACAGUCCCACCACUGGUUCACACGCACUGGAUCGUUUCCAUGUUCGGUCUUGCCCUGAUUGGUUUUGCUGUGAAUGAGUUCGCGUACACUCUAAGCGGUUACAUUGCUGACUCGUACACAAUUUACGCAUCAUCAGGCUUGGCCGCUGUGGCUUUCCUACGAGGAACAUUAUCGGGCUGCAUGCCCUUGUUUGCGUACCAGAUGUACUCUGGGCUUGGUUCAAAUAUUGCAACUAGCAUCAUAGCAGCAGUCGCGACAUUGUUCUGCGUGACACCGUAUAUAUUCCUCAAGCAUGGCCUGCGGCUUAGAGAAAGAAGUCGGUUUGCAAGGUUCAGUGCGGAGAUGAAUGAGCGACAGAACAUUGACUGA